GCACCAUGAAAUUCUUAGUAGUUUUCGCUUUGGCUUUAGCCACCGCCUCGGCCUUUGAUUUGAGAUCCGAAUAUGUGGAAUCUCGCAGCGUUGUCAUGCCCGUCGUUGAGGGCGAAGGACGCAUUACCAAUGGCAACACCGCCUCUGUUGGACAAUUCCCCUACCAAGUUGGUCUAUCCUUGAAGGUUAAUGCUUUGUCUUCGGCCUGGUGUGGUGGUUCCUUGAUUGGUAACCGUUGGGUUUUGACCGCUGCUCACUGUACCGAUGGUAUCCAAUCUGUCACCGUUUACUUGGGCGCCACCGUUCGUACCUCCGCUGAAGUCACCUAUACCGUUUCCAAGAGCGACAUUAUCAUCCACUCUGGCUGGAACAGCAGGACCUUGAAGAACGACAUCUCCUUGAUCAAGAUCCCCUCUGUCACCUACACCAGCCGCAUUCAAGCUGUCAAAAUCCCCGCUAUUGCCAACUCCUACUCCACCUAUGCCGGUGAUUAUGCCAUCGCUUCUGGUUGGGGCAAGAUUUCCGAUUCGGCUACCGGUGUCACCAACAACUUGCAAUGGGCCCGUAUGCAAAUCAUUACCAACACCGUCUGUGCUGCCACCUAUGGUACCUCCAUUGUUACCUCGUCCAACAUUUGUGUCUCCACCCCCAACGGUGUCUCCACCUGCAAUGGUGAUUCUGGCGGUCCAUUGGUUUUGGAAUCUUCCAAGGUUCAAGUUGGUUUGACUUCGUUCGGUUCUUCUGCCGGUUGUGCCAAGGGUUACCCAGCUGCUUUCACCCGUUUGACCAGCUACUUGGAUUGGAUCAAGUCCAAUACUGGUAUCUCCUACUAAAUGGAUUGAACGACUUAUUU